AUGAACAAUGGAAAAGAAAAUGCGAGAUGUGGGAGUGGAAUAUGGUUCGGGGAAAAUCACCCACAAAAUAAAUCCAUAAGAGUCCCAGGGAAUUCUCAGUCUAAUCAGGCAGGCGAGAUCGCAGCCAUCCUUAUAGGACUACAAAAUGUCAGUCCCCUUACCCCAGUAACCUUUAUUACAGACUCACGAUACUCCAACUACGACCGUUGUCGUAACAUAAACGGCCUAACAAACCACCUCCGAAACUGGGAAGAUCGGGGCUGGAUUGACAUAGCAAACAGCGAAAUCUUCAGAGCCACAGUAUACCAGCUAAGGAAAAGGUCAGCAACAACGACCUUCAGAUGGAUUAAGGGCCAUAGUAACAACAAAGGAAACAAUGAAGCAGACAAACUCGCUGAAAUAGGUGCACUAAAAAACGAAUACAACCUCAUGGACACAACGGUUCCACCCGAAUUCGACCUACAAGGAACAAAGCUCACCCAUAUCUCCCAAGCCCUAGCGUACAGACAGAUGCGCUCAACCCUAGGCCUCCUCGACAUAACACGAUACGCCAUCCAAAACAUAUCAAACACACUGGAAACAGACAGAUCAAUAUGGAAAGCUAGAAAGAACAAAGACUUAUCUAAGAAAAUUCCAAAUCUUCACGUACAAAGCACUCCACAACGCGUUCAAAAAGACACCGAAUCAAUGAGUCAUAUGCUCACAGAAUGUAACAGCUCAAUACGAAAGCUCAUAUGGCGCCUAGCAGAACAAAUAUGGCCCACCAAUAUCAUCCCAUGGCCGGAUAUAUCGAUAGGAAUUAUCCUGGGAUGCGGUGCGAUAUCAAUCCCCCACAAACAAAAUAAAGACGAUCCAGAUGACAAAAAGAAAGCAGAAUCAAAAAGAGGAGCCGCAAGGCUACUCCGAAUAAUCAUAUCAGAAUCCGCUUAUCUAAUAUGGACCAUCAGAUGCACCCAGGUCAUUCAGGGAAUAUCCCUCGACGAGUCAAAUAUAACAAAAAGAUGGACUAAAGCAAUCAACGAUCACUUACAAAUAGAUAGAGUAAUAGCUAGCAAAAUCAAAAGGAACCAAAAAUACUCCAACCUCAUCAACACUACAUGGUCAAAUAUAAUAUCCCCCGGAAAAUCCCUCCCACAUAAUUGGGUCACAUCACUCGAGGUUUUAGUGGGUAUAACACUACCCAGGCCCCCGCAGACCGAGGUAACCUAG